GAUGAAAGUAAGUCACUACUUUCGGCAGGUUAUACUCUCAUUGGGGUCCCAUGCUAAAACGCCUCUGAAAUGUCAUUAAUAGGAAAAAAUAGUGUCUAGGUGGUUCUAUGUGAUUUUAGGAAUUCGCUCUAAGUAUUCAUCUAGAUGUUUGCAAUGGCCGGCAGAAGCUCUGUAGUUUUCAAGCUAAAUGAUGUCUGUAUGAUGUUUUUAUUGUUGGGAAUGUUAUCUUUAAAUGCUGAAGCGAACUUGAAUUUUCACAAGAGGAAGGUAAACUACCAGGCAUGGGCUCCCGAUUGUGUGCUGGUGAACAUCAUCUCUAUAAAUGGAGAAUACCCGGGGCGGACCAUUAGAGCCAGAGCAGGGGACGCCAUCGUUGUGCAGUUUAAAGACUUGAUGCCCACUAAAAACGUUGUUAUUCGCUGGCAGGGCAUUCGCCAGAGUGGCACUCACUAUGGCCUGAAGCAGUCGGUGGUGUUUUAUGGGUCGCUGAUAGUGGAUGCGACGUGCAAAGAGGCCUUCACCUACAAUUGCCAGCUGAGGACUCAUGAACAGGCCACGGGGCUCUCGUCCAGGGAAUCCAUUGGAGAACACCAGGUGGAUGGAAUAACAGCUGCACGCCAAAAUCGAGUCAGCGAUAAGAACAUUAAUAAGUGGUCGCAAGUUGUGGAACGUGAAAGCUUUACUAUGAUGGGAAAGGGUAUAAUAACCACAGAGGAAGAAAAACGUUGGAGUGGACCAUGUAAACGGGUCAACACACAAGGAAAGCUACGAAUCCGUCGUCUACUUCCCAAAAAUCCCAAAAUUAACAAGGGAGAUGGCCCGCACCAUAAUAUCGCAUCCCCAUAGACUACCUUUUUUAUUUUGUUAGUCACUUGUCGUCCACAUGUA